CUGUUCGUGAGGUCCAUUAAUGUCAUUCUUUCCAUCUUAGAAGGUCUUGCGACUAAGUACUGGGACAUCUUUCCGUGGUACGGGUCCUACUUGCACAACUCUCCGUUAGCGCCUACCGUUCCGGAUGAAGCUCAUCGGUGGUACGAAGAAGCCUUGGUUUGCUUUGAACGAUGGGCGUCAUGGACCGUCGUCGAGGCGCUCAUUCGCCGACAGGCCAUCUGGGAAGGACUGAAAGAGAUAUACCUUAAGUGUCCCUAUCGCGAAGGCCGAAAGAUGGUAUCUGCGUUCCCCGCGUGUUCGCUGAUCGAAGAUAGUCUAGAUGCAGUACUACACGCCUUGUCUCAUAAGGCGCAUGUCCAAACCGUGCUCAAUCUCGGUGCAACGGAGGCAACGGACUGGAUCUGCCUGCUUGAUCAGUGUCACCAACCAACUCUAUACGACGGCUCUGUUCACGUUGCGCAAGUUGUGUGCCAGUGCCGGACAACUGCCAGAAUCGUACAUGGUGUCUACCGAAGAGCGUAACGGGCUGAAGAUCACUAGCGAGUACCCAACCGCCUUCGGAGGGUUCGCAGACAUCUGGCAAGGCCAGUAUCGGGGCCAAGAUGUCGCUAUCAAGGCACUGCGUGUCUCCGGACGAGACAGGAUACAGACAGUAGAAAAGAUGUUUUUCAAAGAAGUCGUGCUAUGGCAUAACCUUCGUCAUGAUAACAUAACACCACUCAUUGGCGUCGAUCGCAAGCUCUUCCCAUGUGCUAUGAUAUCUGUAUGGAUGCGUCACGGCAACAUUGUCGGAUACCUGCGCGAGUUCCCGAGAUGCAAUCGUCUGCAGCUGCUAUUGGACGUCGCGACGGGCCUAGAAUAUCUGCACUCCUUCGGGAUCGUCCAUGGUGACCUGAAAGGCGCGAACAUCCUCAUCGACGAGCAAGGCCGCGCACGACUGGCCGACUUCGGGCUCACCGCGAUGACCCACGACCUGCACGCGCUCAACGCCAUCACCCCAUUGUCAAUUGUCGGCUCGCUGCGAUGGACCGCCCCCGAGAUCCUCGACCCCGAGUCGGCGGGCUUGGAGAAGGCUCGCCCGUCAAAGGCGAGCGAUGUUUUUUCGACAGGAAUGGUCAUGUGGGAGGUCUUCGCAGGUCGUGUCCCCUUUCAUCAGUACCCCCUCGAGGCGAACGUGCUCUACCGCGUGUUGGCAGGGAGUCGGCCUAACCGGCCAAACGCAGCCCAAGUAGGGCUCUCAGACUUAGUCUGGCAAUGGAUGCAGAGGUGCUGGGAUGCAGACGCGCUGCGACGCCCAUGCAUUGGCGAUGUGGUCUCUUUUCUGCGGGAAGAGAACGUCCCAAGUCAUCACAAAGAAAUCUUGUCUCUACUGCUCGAGUAGCUUCAGGACUCUGAUCCUUGCACGACGCAAGA